AUGGAAAAUCCUGUGAUAUCAGAUAAUUUUCUUUUAGAAAACAUUUUAUCGCAGUUAAAUGAAUUGGAAAGAAAGAAAACCGUUAAAGAAGUGCCGAAAAAUCCUAAAAAGUCGGUAAGCGCUCGGGAAGUACGCAUAAAACGUGAAACGUUCCGUUCGAAAAUAAUCAGCGCUUAUGCAAAUCACCUGGAACGAAAAUCGAAAAAAAAUAUUCUGCUGCAAUACUAUUACUUUAUCAAGUAUGGCGCCGAUGUGGACGCAGGAUCGUUGGCCCCCAUUGGUGAAACCACACUCGAAAGAAUCAUCGGUCGCGUACCUGAAAAAUUCCACAAUUUACCUUGUCUGUUGGCGUACAGAGAUCAGAUACUUAACGAAUGCUAUUUGAUAGCCACGCAAAAAGCGGUGAUAUCGUUUUCUCUGAUGGAUUUGUACGAAUCGCAUCAGGAACUAACGUCGAUGGACACCCCCGUUGAAAUUGAAUUGCGGCAGAACGCACCAUUGUGGAAGAACUCAAUAGCCCGUGCCAAGUCGACCCUCACCAGAAACCUGUUGCACACCAAUCCCACGAUAAAAGCUAUGCUUAGGCUGUGGUACAAGAAUUUCGAACACACGGAAAUGUUUAAAUUUGAAAAAAUGAGAAAAAUUGAUUCAAAAUGUACUCUAAGUGAAUUUCAGACCUUCAUGAGAACUACUUUGACUAUAGCCAACAUAAAUAUGCGUGAAAGAUGGCUGCACAGCGUUGUUGAAUUGUUCAAAAAACCGAGAUACAGCAAUCAUGUUCCGAGUGUCAAUAAUGUCAAAAGGCAAAAGAUUUUUUUCGAUUACAUUGCUUUUACAAUGGGAAAGAAGUAUCGAGAAUACAUAGAAAAAAAUAUCAUUGAGUUCACUAAACUCAUGUGCAACUCGGAGGUACAUGAAGGUUUCGUGAUAAACGUGGUCUUUAGAAAUAAUAGGUUCCAAUUCAUUCCGUCUUAUGAGAGAAUGUUACAUUUUAUAAUGUCAAUCUACGAAUCGCUGGCAAGCAUAUCGUUUGGCUUGGAACGCUUUGAACAUCACUUGUACAAUAAUUGCUCGACGUCAAAAUACACCCAGGUCGAAAUGGACGAAAAUAUCGUAGAAGAGCAACAGCAAAUACUGAAAAAUUACUUGGACACAUUUUGGCAAAAAGCGCAUGCUUACCUGAAGACGAUCGACGGCUAUAUCUUCUUGGUCAACGGAAAAGCCACGGAAGACGUUCAUAGGUUUUUAUCCGAAGACAACAAUUUCGAAAACUAUAAAACGUACGUUGUGAGAUACGACAAAAUCGAAACGGAUAUACGGCUGAAAAUAAACCCGGAAAAAUUAAUUGGAAUAUUAGAAUUGCGUACGGCGAACACUAUCGAUAUGCUCUGUAAACAGGCAUCGUUAUUGAAAUUUAUGCUUAUCGACCGAUUAAAGUCGGUUUAUUUAGCCGAAGGCAAGAAGUUAUGCGAACAUUACUCGGCCGUGCAGGCUAUUGCGUUGAAACCGCCAAAGAACACCAACGAAUUGAUGAAGCUCAAAGAUUACACGAUCGAUCUGAAAGAAAACAGUGUCUACGAAAUGGAGCAUAGGUCGAAUUCGAUUUUCGUCUAUCAGUUGUUUUUACUGGAUUUCGCAGUGUUAUCCGCGGAAGAGCUGAAACAGAACACGUUGAUAUUUCAAUGGGUCGAAUACAUCCAUAAGGUGAUCGCGGAGAGCAUGAAAAUGAUCGACGUGAAGCUAAAGGAACUAAGAGAAAACAUGGUACAACGAGCCAGGAAGUUUCGGAGUAAUUUGGAUAGCUAUCAGAGAGACGCGGAAGAGCUGGAACACAACGGCGACAUAAACAAGUUGGGCGCGUACGUGGAGAAAGUGCGGUUUUUGGACAGUAAACUGACGGAAGCCUUGCAAAUUAUCGACGAUUUAAACGAAGAAGAGAGACAUUACAAGAUGCGGGAAAGCAUGUACCCGCUCAGGUCAAAAACCGCCGAAUUGUUGGCUCCGUAUAAAAAAUUGUAUGAAAACUGUAACGAUUUCAUUGUGAAUCAAGAUAAAUGGUUAACCGCCAAAAUCGGCACUUACGAUCCGGAACUGAUCGACCAAGACGUAGGCAUAUACUAUCGGAACGUGGUAAAAGCCGAACGCACUUUCAUGGAUCGUCCAAAGCCGUUGUCUAUAGCGAAUAAAACGAGAGAGUCGAUCGAAGCGUUCAAGGAACACAUGCCCGUGAUAUUGGCGUUGGGAAACUUGGGGUUAAAAGACCGGCACUGGGAAGAAAUAUCUAAAAUUGUCGGAUUUCAAUUGAGCCCCAGUCAAAAAUUGACUUUGGGAAAAAUAAUAAAUUACAAACUAAACGACUAUGUGCCUCGAUUCGAGAUAAUUAGUGACGAAGCUUCGAAACAGGCCAAUUUGGAAAAAAGAUUAAGACUGAUGACAGACGAUUGGAAAAAUGUGGUUUUUACUGUUAUACCUUACAAGGAUUCUGGAACAUUCAUUUUGUCGGGGAUUGACGAAAUUCAAGUGCAGUUGGAUGAUCAUAUUUUAAAAACCUCCACGGUGAAAAAUUCGCCGUUCAUAAAACCGUUCGAGGCAGAGACAACAGCUUGGGAGGCUAAAUUGCACGCUUUAAAUAAAAUAUUGGAAUACUGGGUCAAAGUACAAUUGGCGUGGAUGUAUUUAGAGCCGAUAUUUUCUUCUCCAGACAUACAAGCUCAAAUGCCGGACGAAGCGAGUAAAUUUAACGCAUCCGAUAAAGUGUGGAGAGAGUUGAUAAAAGACGUUAUAAAAAUGAAAAGUGUUUUGAAAGCAACCGAAAUAAAUAAUAUAUUGGAAAAGUUAAUGAAAUCUCACGAACAACUUGACAUAAUACAGAAAGGUUUAAAUAGUUAUUUGGAGAAAAAACGACUUUACUUCCCGAGGUUGUUCUUUUUGGGAAACGAAGAGCUGCUGGAAAUUCUUUCGGAGACUAAGGAUCCUAAACGAAUGCAACCUUAUUUGAAAAAAUGUUUCGAAGGCAUCAACGAAAUAGCGUUUUCGGACAAAUUAGAAGUGAUCGAUAUGAUAUCCAGCGAAGGAGAAAUCAUACGUUUGUCGGUGAUGAUCGACACGUAUAAAGCUCGUGGUCAAGUCGAGAAGUGGCUGGUCGAAUUGGAGGCUUCGAUGAAAAAAACCAUACACGAUGUGAUUGAAAGAGCGUUGUUGGCCUACGGGAACACUCCGAGACAUGAGUGGGUGUUACAGUGGGCCGGGCAGCCGGUUUUGGCCGUUUCGUGUACAUAUUGGACCACGGAGGUGACACACGCAAUUUUGCAUCAUCCCAAAGGGUUGCCUAGAUAUUUAGAAAAAAGUAAUGACCAAAUCGAAAAAAUUGUCAACUUGGUUCGCGGUAUACUACCGGUACAAACGCGAAAAACUUUGGAAGCGUUAGUGGUCAUUGACGUGCACGCGAAAGACGUCGUUGAAGAAUUGAAAGUCAAGGAAAUUUACAAGGUCAACGAUUUUAAUUGGAUCAGCCAAUUGCGUUAUUAUUGGAUAGAAGACAAUUUGAUCACGUUCAUGAUCAAUGCCUCGCUGGACUAUGGCUACGAAUAUCUCGGCAAUUCCAAACGACUCGUGAUAACUCCACUCACCGACCGCUGUUACCGGACUCUGUUCUGCGCUCUGCAGCUAAAUUUGGGCGGAGCGCCCGAAGGACCGGCGGGCACGGGCAAAACAGAAACUACAAAAGACUUGGCCAAAGCAGUAGCUAAACAAUGCGUUGUUUUCAAUUGUUCCGACACUAUGGAUUACGAAGGCUUAGGACAAUUUUUCAAAGGCCUGUUGUCGUGUGGCGCUUGGGCGUGUUUCGACGAAUUUAACCGUAUCGACUUGGAAGUAUUGUCCGUGGUAGCACAACAAAUACUCACCAUUCAGCGUGGAAUUCAGUCGGGAAACACAAAGAUAGUGUUCGAAGGAUCUAAUUUGAUUUUGGAUAAAACGUGCGCCGUUUUUAUUACCAUGAAUCCUGGAUACGCGGGACGUUCCGAAUUGCCGGACAACUUAAAAGCGUUAUUCCGUUCCGUGGCGAUGAUGGUGCCAGAUUAUCGACUGAUUUCCGAAAUAGAACUAUACUCUGUUGGAUUUAGUGCAGCCCGGUCGUUGUCAGUAAAAAUCGUAGCGACGUACAAAUUGUGUUCCGAACAGCUUUCGUCGCAAAACCAUUACGAUUACGGGAUGAGAGCGGUCAAAACUGUAUUAACUGCGGCUGGCAAUUUGAAGCUUAAGUACCCAGAAGAGAAUGAAAACAUAUUACUGUUGCGUUCUAUAAACGAUGUCAAUUUACCGAAAUUCCUGAAACAUGACGUCCCUUUAUUCAAGGGAUUAACUUCCGAUCUGUUUCCCGGGAUUGAAUUGCCGACGCCAGACUAUAAAAUAUUCAACGAGGCUGUCGAAGAGUCGUGUAAAAUGUUGAAUCUACAAUGCACGCCUUUCUUUUUAGAAAAAAUCCAACAAAUCUAUGAAAUGAUGAUCGUCCGACAUGGUUUUAUGAUCGUUGGACUUCCGUUUAGUGGAAAGACAUCCGCCUACAGAGCUCUCAGUGGUGCGUUGAGAAUUGUUGAAGAAAGGAAACUUAUGGAUGAGCAUAAAGUUGAAAUAACAGUGAUAAACCCAAAGUCAAUAACUAUGGGCCAACUAUACGGACAGUUCGAUCCGGUAUCACAUGAAUGGUCUGAUGGCGUUUUGUCAGUAGGAUUCAGAAAUUUUGCUUCCUCCACAAAUCUCAAUCGAAAAUGGUUAAUUUUUGAUGGCCCGGUUGACGCGAUUUGGAUUGAAAACAUGAACACAGUUUUGGACGAUAAUAAAAAGUUGUGUUUAAUUUCUGGCGAAAUAAUACAGCUGGCUAAAACUACUAAUUUGAUUUUUGAGCCUAUGGACUUGGAAGUAGCGUCUCCGGCCACGGUAUCUCGAUGCGGUAUGAUAUACAUGGAACCCGUUUCGUUAGGUUGGGAAUGUCUCGUUCAUUCGUGGAUAAAUUUAAUAGCGUCGGGUAUUGACAUAGUUUACAAACUGAUGUUACAAAGUAUCAUUAUACGGUUUACCCGGGCUAUCUUGUAUUUGAUACGACGCUGUAACUUGACUGAAAUAUUCCCUACCAGCGACUCUAACUUAGUGUGCUCCUUGUUGAAUUUGUGUGACACUUUUAUGUAUCGCUAUCACAAUAAAGAUUACUUGGAAUCGAUUUCUCAGGGUGACCUUAGAGCACAACUCGAAGGUACGAUACUUUUUUCGUGUGUGUGGUCAUUGGGCGCGGCACUCGAUCCGAAAAGUCGAAUCAAAUUCAAUCUUCUAUUUCGAGCGUUAUUGAAAAAAAAGUUCCCCAAAACGGUUGCUCGCGCCUUGGGUCUUCCCCUGGAAGUUUGCCCUCAUCCGCAAAGACCUUAUUCGAACGUACCUCCCAACGAAGAAACCGUAUUCGACUAUAGAUUUGUAAUGGAUGCUAAAUCCAGGGGAGAGUGGAUAUUGUGGUCACAAUAUGUAGCGGAAGAACCGCCCAUACCGCAAGGCAUACCAUUCAACGAAAUAAUAGUGCCGACCAUUGACACGGUUAGGCAUAACGUCAUCAUGUCAAUGUUGGUGGCGCACAACAAACCAAUGAUGUCAGUCGGGAAAACUGGCACUGGCAAAUCGGCUUACACUUUAAACUACUUAUUUAAGAAGAUUGACAAAACCGUGUAUCAUGCGUCGUUCAUUAACUUCUCCGCGCAAACUUCUGCCAACCUCACUCAGGACAUUAUAAUGAGCAAGCUAAUAAAAAGAAAACGAGGCGUUUACGGGCCGCUGCCCGGCGCCAAAUGUAUAAUAUUUAUCGAUGACGUAAGCAUGCCUCAAAGAGAAUACUACGGUGCUCAACCGCCCAUCGAGCUCCUGCGACAACUUUUGGACAAGUUCCCUUGGUACGAUAGGAAAGACCGGGCUCCGUUGACUCUGCAAGACGUGUUAAUACUAUGCGCCAUGGGUCCACCGUCGUCGGGCAACACCGUGACUCCGAGGUUCAGUCGGCAUUUCAACAUUGUCGUGACCAAUUCGUUCGAAGACGAGACAAUGUUGUUGAUAUUCAGCAAGAUAUUGCUUUGGCAUUUGGAUAGCAGAGGUUUUGCUAAAGAAUUCAUUCCGUGCGUCAAUCAGAUUGUCUGCGCUACGCUGGAAAUGCAUAAAAGAAGCAUUGGCUAUUUACUGCCCACACCGACCAAAUCGCAUUAUCUAUUUAACUUGAGAGACUUUUCUAAAGUCAUCCAGGGAGUCAUGUUUUCUGUCCCGGUUACGAUUGAGAACGAUGUGGCCAUGAAACGCCUCUGGGUUCAUGAGAUGCUCAGAGUGUAUUUUGACCGCUUAGUCGACGACUCAGACCGUUCGUGGUUUUUUAGUAAUAUGUAUGUGGUCUGCGGCGAGUUUCUCGAUGAAGAUAUGAACCGCAUGUUCGCAUAUUUAAGCAACGGAGAAAUUAAAAAAGUAGGCCAAAACGAACUACGGAAAUUGAUUUACUGUGAUUUUUCCGAUCCGAAGGCGUCGAACAAACACUACAUUGAAAUCCAAGACCUUAACGAACUCCGUUUGACUAUCGAAGACUACUUGAAAGAUUUCAACAAAAUGAGUAAAAAACCAAUGAAUUUAGUUAUGUUUAGGUUUGCCGUUGAACAUCUCGCACGAGUUUGUCGGAUUUUAAAACAGCCACGUGGCCACGCGUUGCUUGUCGGGCUUGGAGGCUCUGGACGUCAGUCGCUUACCCGACUUGCUGCCCAUAUAUCGGAAUACGAAUUAUUCCAAAUUCAAAUAAUGAGUUUAUACGGAAUGAAUGAAUGGCACGAAGAUUUGAAAGAUGUUUUCAAACGUGCAACUGUAGCAUUUGAUCAACAUAUAGUGUUUUUAUUUACAGAUUCCGAAAUCAAAGACGAAAGAAUGGUCGAGGACAUAAAUAACUUAUUGAAUUCGGGAGAGGUGCCAAACUUAUUUGUAGCUGAAGAAAGAAUAGAAAUCUGUGAAAAGAUCAGGGCAUUGGACAGGCAACGCGAUAAAACUAUGCAGACUGACGGGAGUCCUACGGCUUUGUUCAACUUGUUUAUACAAAUUGUAAGAGAACAACUUCAUGUUUCACUGGCGUUCAGUCCUAUAGGCGAUGGUCUAAGAACGAGAAUCCGCAAAUUUCCAUCGUUGGUCCAGUGUUGCACGAUUGAUUGGUUUCAAGCUUGGCCUUCGGACGCUUUACAAGCAGUUGCCACAAAAUUUUUAAGCACUAUCGAUUUGACAAAACACGAGCGAGAUGUUAGCAUCAAUAUGUGUCAAAAAUUCCACACGUCCACUCAAGACUUGUCUAUCGAAUUUGAGGCAAAAGUGAAACGGAAGACAUACGUCACGCCGACAUCAUACUUAGAAAUGAUUUACACGUUUAAAGAUAUUUUGGACAAAAAACGACUAGAAUUACUUACUGCUAAACGUCGGUACGAAGUUGGAUUGGAGAAAUUGCAGAAUGCAGCUAACGAUAUAGCGGUAAUGCAAGUAGAGUUAAAGCAUUUACAACCAAAAAUUAUGGCAGCGGCUGCCGAAGUAGAAGUAAUCAUGAAACAAGUUGAAAUAGAAAACCAAGAAAUAUCAAAAGUGAAAUUGGUGAUUAGUAAAGACGAAGAGGAGGCGCAAGAAACCGCAGCCGAAGCACAGGGAAUAAAAACCGAAUGUGACUUACACAUGGAAGCCGCGCGUCCAGCAUUGAACGCUGCUCUGGCUGCACUAAACACGUUGACCCCUACCGAUAUCACAUUUGUGAAGUCCAUGAAAAACCCUCCUAAACCGGUCAAAUUGGUGAUGGAAGCUGUUUGCACUAUAAAAGACGUGAAACCCGAUAAAAUCCCAGACCCCGCUCUAGGCAAAAUGGUUGAAGACUAUUGGGGUCCAUCGAAGAAAUUGCUCAACGACAUGAAGUUCCUACAAAACCUAAUUGAUUUCGAUAAAGACAACAUUCCGGAUAAAAUUAUGAAAGUUAUCGACGAUAAAUAUAUAUCGAACCCGGAUUUCGAUCCGGAAAAAGUAAAAAAUGCUUCCAUCGCUGCACAAGGUUUAUGCAAAUGGGUGAUAGCCAUGUCCUCGUACCAUAAAGUAGCCAAAGAAAUAGCUCCUAAGAAAAUAGCUCUGAUGGCGGCCGAGACUAUGUACAACAACGCGAUGGACGCUCUUAACGAUAAACGUGCACAGCUGUAUGAAGUCGAAAUGAAACUUAAGGCGGUGCAGGAUAACCUUCACGCCAACGAAAGGAAAAUGGCUGUAUUUGAAAACGAAGCGAACGCAGUGAAAAUAAAACUUCAACGGGCCGAAGAUCUAAUCGGAGGAUUAGGCGGCGAAAAACAACGAUGGAAACAGUCUGCACUUGAUUUGGGAGCGCGUUAUUUAAAUUUGACAGGCGAUUUAUUAGUGUGCUCUGGUGUCAUCGCCUACUUAGGGCCGUUUACGAUGAGCUUCAGAAGUUAUCAGGUUAAACAGUGGGUUCAAGAAAUUCUUGAAAAUAAAAUUGUGUGUAGUCAAGACUUUCAACUGAGUGCAAUACUUGGGAAACCAGUGGAAAUCAGAGCUUGGAACAUAGCUGGUUUACCUACAGACUCGUUUUCCGUAGACAACGGAAUUAUUGUUUCAUACUCAAGAAGAUCAGCACUAAUGGUUGAUCCUCAAGGUCAAGCUAAUAAAUGGGUUAAGAACAUGGAAGCAGAUAAUUCGAUAUCUACUAUACGUUUAAAUUCACCGAAUUACAUAAAAGUUUUGGAGCAUGCUAUUUCCAACGGUCUUCCAGUGCUUUUAGAAAAUGUAUAUGAAGAAAUAGACCCUGUAUUAGAUCCAAUAUUGUUGAAACAGAUAUUCUUAACGAGCGGCACUUAUUGCUUGAAACUAGGCGAUUCCAUUAUUGAAUACAAUGAUAACUUUAGAUUUUAUAUAACAACUAAACUGAGAAACCCUCAUUAUCUACCCGAAGUGGCUGUUAAAGUAACAUUGUUAAAUUUUGUAAUUACUCCUAUCGGACUCGAAGACCAGCUUCUUGGUGUAGUCGUGGCUAAAGACAGGCCCGACUUGGAAGCAGAAAAGAAUAUGCUUAUUGUCGAGGGUGCUAAAAAUGCUAAGACACUCAAAGACACCGAAGAUAAAAUACUUCAAGUUUUAAGUUCAUCCGAGGGUAAUAUAUUGGAGGACGAAGAUGCCGUGAACAUUUUGAGUUCUUCAAAGGUGUUAGCCAAUGAAAUACAAGUAAAACAGGCAGCUUCUCAAGUCACUGAAAGAAGAAUCGAUCAGACCAGACAGCAAUACAGAGUAGUCGCCGUGCAUUCGACCAAACUGUUCUUUGUCAUUGAUACGCUUGCAAAUAUUGAUCCCAUGUAUCAAUAUUCUCUCACUUGGUUUAUAAAUUUGUUCAUUGUGGCGAUUGAAAACAGUCCCAAGUUGCCUGUGAUCGAAGAGAGAACCAAAGCGCUUAUAAAGUUUUUCACUUAUUCACUGUACGUCAGCGUUUGUCGGAGUUUAUUUGCAAAAGACAAAUUAUUGCUAUCGUUGAUAAUGGCAAUUAACCUAUCAGAUAAAAUCAAUAUGGAAGAAUGGUCGUUUUUCUUAACGGGAGGCAUCAGCUUAAGCAAUCCUGUAAAAAAUCCAAUUAGCUGGUUGCAAAAUAAAAAUUGGGACGAAUUGUGCCGGCUUGACGACCUACCAACAUUUAAGGUAGUGCGCGCUGACUUCGAAUCUAAACCGGAUAGUUGGAAAGACAUUUAUAAUUCUACAGAGCCACACUUACAUCCGUUUCCGGAACCUUGGAACGGGCGUCUCGACUAUUUCCAAAAAUGCAUUGUCAUGCGUAUAGUUCGAUACGAUAAAAUCGUUCCUGCUAUUCAAUACUUUAUUGCGCAUGAAUCGGUUCUGGAGGAGAAAUUUACAGAUCCCCCUCCAAUGGAUUUGGCAACUACGUUUGAAGUUUCAAAUUGUAUGUCACCGCUGUUGUUCGUAUUGACGCCGGGAGCAGAUCCAACCGCAAUGUUAUUGAAAUUUUCAGAAAAAAUGGGGUUUUCAACACGUUUUACGGCUUUGUCUUUGGGCCAAGGCCAAGGACCAAUAGCUUCUAGACUUAUUGCCGAAGCCACGCGUUUGGGAAAUUGGGUGUUACUGCAGAACUGUCAUUUGGCUAAAAGUUGGAUGCCAAAACUCGAAGCGACCUGUGAAAGUUUUUCCUUGGAGCAUACGCAUCCAGAAUUUAGACUCUGGCUGACAUCGUAUCCCGUGGAUUUUUUCCCGGUAGUAAUUUUACAAAACAGUGUGAAAAUCACUAACGAACCGCCCAAAGGACUAAGGGCUAAUCUGUAUAGAUCGUUUACGACCGAUCCGAUUGUUAACGAGGAUUUCUUCGAGGGUUGCAAACAAGCCGACAACUUCAAGAAAUUACUGUUUGGUCUGUGUUUCUUUCACGCUUUGAUCCAAGAGCGCCGUCACUUUGGACCUAUCGGAUGGAACCGGCCUUACGAAUUCAACGAAACAGAUCUCCGCAUAAGCGUUUUACAGCUGCAAAAUUUCCUAAACGAAUAUUUGAACAUCCAAUACGACGCUUUGCGAUAUCUGACUGGUGAAUGCAACUAUGGCGGCCGCGUAACCGACGACUGGGAUCGUCGGUGUUUGACGACCUUUUUAAAUAAAUUCUAUUCCAAGUCGAUUGUAAAAUUUAAGAAUUACAGAUUCGACAAAUCCGGAAUUUAUUACUGUCCAAACUUGCAAAAAUACGAAGAGUUUAUCGAAUACAUUCAAGGAUUGCCUCUGAUCACGCAUCCUUCUAUAUUCGGUAUGAACGAAAACGCUGAUUUGAUCAAGGACCAACAAGAAAGCGAUUUACUUCUUAAAUCUUUGCUCAGCACACAGGUAUCACAAUAUGCUUUGUUAUAAUAUACUAACGAUUUAGGUAGUUCCAGUGCCGGCAAAGGCGUUUCGCCGGAAAAGCUUGUCAUUAUGUUUGCGGUGGACGCGCUUCAAAAAAUUCCACCUCCAUUCGAUACGGUUCUCGCUCUAGAAAAGUAUCCGACUAUGUACAACCAAUCGAUGAAUACAGUACUCGUACAAGAAAUGGGACGGUUUAACAAUUUAGUGAACACUAUACGGACUAGUCUGAUGAACAUUCAAAAAGCUAUCAAAGGAUUAAUACUGAUAUCCAGUGACCUGGAAGAGGUGUACAACAGCAUUUUAGUCGGGAAAAUUCCGGCUGUCUGGGCAAAGAACUCGUAUCCAUCGCUUAAGCCACUCGGCAGUUAUCUAAUUGAUUUCUUACAGAGAAUGACAUUUUUACAAAAAUGGUAUUUAUACGGCGCUCCAGAUGUGUUUUGGCUGUCCGGGUUUUAUUUCACGCAAGCCUUCCUGACUGGCGCGCAGCAAAAUUUCGCCAGGAAAUACAGAAUUCCCAUCGAUCUGCUGACGUUCGAUUACAGGAUCAUGGAUAGAUCCCUAAUAGUAGAGCAACCGCCGGAAGAUGGUGUGUAUGUGUACGGAUUAUUUUUGGACGGCGCCAGGUGGAGCAACAAACAUUCGGUCAUAAAAGAGGCAAAACCGAAACAAUUGUUUAGUACCAUUCCGAUCAUACACAUGAUUCCUAUUAAAAAAAGCGACGUUCAUCUAGGCCAGGUAUACUUGUGUCCUUUGUAUAAAACGGCUGAGAGAAGAGGAACGCUUUCAACUACCGGACACUCGACGAACUUUGUUAUUUCGUUAUCGAUACCCACCGACAAGCUGCCCGAGCAUUGGAUCAUGAGAGGUGUUGCGAUGCUUUGUCAGCUAUCUCAAUAA